CAAGGACAUCAGUUAAAACCUCAGGCUCUUUCUGCACUGGGGAGAAUUAAAGUGAUCCCCUAGGAGUUCCUCUGCUGCCGCUUAAAUCCUAAAUGUGACUCAGAGAAGGAAGAAGCACAGAAGAAUCCAGCUGAGAAAUCUGAUGUGCUUAGAAAUACUUGUUCCUUUUUAUAUUUUAAACUGGAUGCACACACUGAAGAGGGUAAGAAAGCACUAGAAAGUGUCUGUCCUUGCGCAGCACCCAGCUCUGCACCACAUGGAGGAUGCCCUGAUCCGAGCAACCCUGGAAAUGUCCCCAGGGAAGAUGUUGAUUCCUCACCUCAAAAGAACAUAAGCUCUGAGACAGGAGAAAGCCCAGAGCUAUUGAUUGAUGUAACUGUUGAGUGUGCCCUCUGCACACGGUUGCUUCUCGAACCCAUUACUGCACCCUGUGGACAUAUGUUUUAUCUGAAGUCUAUGUUGGCAAGCAGAAAUUUUAAUAUAACUGUUCUGGCUGAAGAAUUAAUAUUCUUAUAUUUGUCAGAUGAACUGUCUGAUAAGAAGAGAAUUUUUGAAGAAAUGACAGAACAGUCUAAUCUGACCAGAGAUGCGCCCGUCUUGGUGUGUGGUGUGGCCUUCCCUGCAGUUUCCUAUCCAAUACACGUGCUUAUGUUAAGAGGCAUGGAAACUGGCACCCAGCGCUUUGGCCUGUGAUUAUCUGCUAAGCAUGCAGGAUAAGGACAAUCUGUACCUGCAGGGAUUUCGGAGUCUGACUGCGUGCUGGAGAUGAAAGAUGUGUAAGCUCCUGAUGGCAGCUCAGUGGUGGAUGCGGUUAGCAUCAGUCAGUCCAGAGUAUGACGCCACUGUCAUGGAGAUGGCUAUAACACGGUGGACACUAAAUACCUGGAAGAUGAAAAGACAGAAAGUUCAGAAUAUGAAUUGCUCACUACUUUGCAUGACUCUGUUCACCAACAGUCUGUUACCUGGUUUGCUUCUCUCCAGGACUGCAAAGGAAAAAAAAAACAGAUUUUAUGUCACUUUGGAUUAAUGCCAGGCAGGGAGCCCGAGCUUCAGAUGUGGAUGAUCAUCACACGUAAGACGGGUAGUUGCCAGAAGCUGGUUAAUGCCAGGGAGAGAAGUCAUUGA